CUUACUCACACACACACACACACACACACACGUUAAUGCCGAGAGCCGCAGCGGAGAAGAAGAGACGCCGGGAGAGUGUGUUUAUAUGAAUGUGUCUUUAUUAGGCGUUUAACAGGGUGGGGCUAAUGGGCUCAUCGUGCUCUCAACCCUGCGGUUCGGUGGGCGGAGUCAGGAAGAUGCGCAGUGCGGACGGUCUGGUGGAGCGAGUGGAUGACGACUCUCUGGAUGGACGGGACAGACAGGAGGACAUCGCCAGGUUCCCGUACGUGGAGUUCACGGGCAGAGACAGUAUCACCUGUCCCACCUGCCAGGGCUCCGGACGCAUCCCGUCAGAUCAAGUGAAUGAGUUGGUGGCAUUGAUUCCCUACAGUGACCAGAGACUACAGCCUCAAAGAACAAAGCAGUAUGUGGGACUGUCUGUGAUUGUGUGUUUGUUCGUCUGCUCCCUCGUCACCUUCUUCAUGUUCCCUCGGCCGGUGCUGGUGGAGGACGGAGGGAUUCAGUCUGUCAUCAUCCACUUCGACCACGACACCAGCCGUGUGCUCAUUAACAUGACUAGUGCUCUGAAGUUUAACAACGGAAACUUCUUCACCGUGAUGGUGGACAGCGUGAGCAGUCAGGUUCUCUACAUGAAGACCGUCAUCGGCACGCAGCAGCUCGACAACGUCAUCAGUAUCCAACCAUUAAGUCAGAGACGGAUGAACUUUACAGUGAGUGUGGAGAUUAGCGGUUCGCUGUCCUACGUGUAUGCUUUCUGCACCAUGGCGAGUAUUAAGGUUCACAACAUCGUUGUGUUCACACAAACCUCUGUAAAAACGUCGUACCUGGUUCGUAGUGCACAGAACACACUGGAGGCUUAUCGCUACAUUGACUGCGGUGCUAACUCCACCCUGCACCACCCACCUGACCUUCACGGCUCUGCGCUGCCCCCUUCAGGCUGGAGCUCUUUGAUGUGACCCAGAUGCUAAGCGCUAAAAUUUGAAUUCCUCUUGGAUAAAAAACUGCUGCAUUUCCUGUUUA